ACGACUCUUGCGGUUCUUGCUGUCAUGGCAGCAGCAGCAGCAGCAGCAAAUGUCUCCAGCAGUCAGACUUCAAACUGCUCAUAUUUGGGCCUUUUCAAACAUUUAGACCUGAUAAACGCGAAGCGUGAGGUUGGGAUGAUGCGGCCGGUGAAGAACUGGACGAUGCACACCACCAUUCUGCUUGAUAUGGUGUUGUAUGGCAUCUUAGAACUGGGCGAGAAGACCCAAACGGUCACCAGUCACAUCAUGCUCCACAUGAGAUGGCACGAUGAAUUCCUCACUUGGAAUCCGUCCGACUUCUGUGGGAUACAAACGGUGGUCAUCCCCAAAUCGAAACUGUGGUACCCAGAUAUAAGCAUCCUAGAGGACAUCUCAGACACCGGAAGCAUCCGGCAGAGUCCAAUGGUCAAAGUGUUUUCCGACAGUAAAGUGAAGGCUCAUGUAUACCAGCACCUCACCUCCACCUGCCCGCUCGACCUCUACCUGUUCCCGUUUGACAAACAACAGUGCAACAUCACAUUUUCAUCAGUGAACUACUACGUGGACGAAAUCAAACUGGGAACGCUGAGCAGUGACGAGACCCUCACUUGGGUGUCUGAUACGUUAAUGAUCACAGAGGGAGAAUGGAUACUCGUGAACUUGACAAUUGUGGAGUAUAAUCUCAACAAAACGGAUGAAACGCUGAGCAAUCUUGCGUACAUGGUCACUUUAGUGAGGAAGCCAAUGCUCUAUGUGAUUAAUUUACUCGUGCCCAUGUUUUAUUUCCUGAUCCUGGACCUGGCCUCCUUCUUCAUCAGAGGCGAGAAGCUGAACUUCAAAGUGACCGUCCUCCUCUCCAUCUCCGUCCUUCUGCUCAUUCUGAAGGACUUGUUGCCCUCCACUGAGAGGAAUAUGCCGCUGAUUGCCAAAUUCAGUCUCAUCAUUUUUAUCAUGGUGGGAUUAAGCCUCCUGGAGGCCAUGCUGGUGGACUUCCUAAUGGGGCUUGAUGGUUGUUGUGGUCAGAAAACUCCAAGCGCCAGUAAUACCCAGGUGGAGAUUCAACUGGAGGUCAAUUGCCGCACAGAGCCUGUUGAAGCUGGAGAGAAAAGCCAGGCGAAGCCAACGGCGAGGCCUCGCGAGGGUGACCUGCUGAAGCUCCUCCUGGAGCAAGUGAAAGCCGCUCGACAGGAAACAGAAAGACAGUGCAAAGAUGAGAGGAAACCUGGAUGCUACGCAAGACUGGCUAAAAUCAUAGACUAUGUCUACUUUGUCUUCUACUUAAUUUCGGUUGCCACUUUCUUAUUUUAUAUGUAUGUAGUGUGGGUUGAGGGCAGAUGUUUCAAUUUGAUCAGUGAAUGCACUUAAAUUUGACUGUGUUUGGCUCCUAAAUGGAUUUUAAAUGCAUUACAUCUGUGUGUUUUUCACAUCCAUGUCUACAUUUAAUAAUAGUUAAUUAUGUGAUGGCACUAAUUAAGAUUAAUAUUCAAAUAAAAAGUAUAAUAAUGGGAUUGAAAUGAUCGUACGUGCUAUCAUUUAUCCUAUCUUUUAGUCUGUGGUAGCGACAGAGUGCAUUCCAAUUCUCAUAGUUUGCAGUUUCCCAGUUACAAGUAGGGAGUUUUAAUUAGUAUGCCCCUUGAAGUCAUAAAUACAAGCUGUCAACUUGUAUUUAAACUCUAAUUCUGCCGAGCUUCAGUGUGUGAAAACUGUGGUUUAUACUCUUGUUUUCUUUGUGUUUCUCUCAAAUUUAACAAGCUGUACACAGAAUACUGUCCUACUGCUGUCUGCAAACAUAUGUUGCCGUGUUGUUAUUGAAUUAAAUACUGUGUCUCAUCACACGGACUGGAUUAACUUGCUAGUUAAAUCUAACUCCUCACUUUUUUAAUACUUUUACUUAAAAUACAAAUACUUAAGUGCACUUUAUAUGAGAAUAUUACUUUUGAUACUUAAGUACAGUAAAUGUCAUAUGCUUGUUUAUGAGUAAUUUUAUGGUAAGAUACUUGUGCUUUAACUCAAAUAUCCUUUUUAAGGAAUUUAUACAAGACUGGCGAGCAGCAAGUGCGGUUAUCACACUCGGAAGUGUUCAUUUGACCAAAUAUGCAUCAGGUGGUCACUGGUGCGUACUUGGUAAAAUGUUGUGGAACGCAGUUUUAAGAUUUUUUGAGGUGAGAAAUUACUCAUUUAGAAAUCCAAAAUUCAAAACGUCCACUGGCUCAGACGUCUCUGUCAUUAGAUACUUGGUGUGACCAAUACAUUUGGUGUUGAAACGUUAUUUUAUUUUUAAUGAAAAGGUUUGGCCUGGUUGAAAGUUAGUGUAUUAUUAAUAUUUAACUUUGAAUUUUAGAUUGACUUUAAAGUUGCACUGGUGCACUGUCAGUCCCAUGGUUUGCUUGA